AUCAACACCUCAGUAUCCUGCCGUCAGCAGCCAUCCACAAACUGCUCCCCAGCAAACAGCAAUACCACCCUUCACACCCGCCAGGCGAACUCCCGUCGCCGCACUUCUUCAUCAUACCCGCCCCUCGAGGACUCUACCAACACCCGCACUGCAUCACCGACCACAGCGCAGGGUAUAUGUAUUCGUCCCACGCGAACGCCUUUCUAGUCGGACCGCCGCCUUUGCAGCAACCAUUCCGCUUACUGCGAAGACCUCGUAGUAGUGGCCACGAGCGCAACAACGGUUGACUCUCUGCCUAAAUCCAUCACCCUGGAUCAUCACAGAAAUUCGCCCAAAAUUCCCGCUACAAAGCGCCUAGCCUAGACACGCAUCAGCAGCAAACGCUGACGCUGGUGUCUACUGUAUGUCUCUACCGACAUACCACCAGAGAUCGUAAUCGCCAUAUUCCUCGUUCCUCCGCCGCACCGAAACCAAGUCUACCACAGCCUCCUCACGCAACACCGCAACCAUGGCCAACGUCAACAUUCGCCGCGAUGUUGCUGAUCCCUUCUACCGCUACAAGAUGGAGCGCCUUCAGUCCAAGGUUGAGGGCAAGGGUAACGGUAUCAAGACCGUCAUCGUCAACUUGAGCAACGUCGCCCACCAGCUGGCUCGCCCGCCAAACUAUGUCAUCAAGUACUUUGGCUUCGAACUUGGCGCCCAGACCAACAUCGACCCCAAGGACGACCGCUGGAUCAUCAACGGUGCCCACGAGGCCAGCAAGCUGCAGGACCACCUCGACGGCUUCAUCAACAAGUUCGUUCUCUGCAAAGACUGCAAGAACCCAGAGACUGUCAUCAACAUCAAGGAUGGCGACAUUUUACUUGACUGCAAGGCCUGCGGCAAAAUCUCAAAGGCUGACUUGCGCCACAAGUUGUCAUCGUUCAUCUUGAAGAACGCUCCAAAGAAAGGCAAGAAGGACAAAUCCACCAAGAAGGCUGAUCGCAAGGCUCGCAAGGAAGCCGAGAGGAACGGCGAGGCAGACGACGCCAACGGCAGUGGUCACAGCAAUGGCGACAGCGGAUCUGACCAUGCUGAUGAGGACAACGGAGACAUUGACGGCGCCAGCGAUGACGAGCUUACGAAGCGCAUCAAUGCCGAAGCCAAGGAACUCAACGAAGUCAAGGAUAAGGAGGUUGAGUGGUCGGUUGACAUGUCGGAGGAAGCUAUCAAGGCUCGUGCUCAGGCCCUUCCUGACGACCUGAAGGGCGCCCUCUCCCUCGAGAAUGGCGACGAGGAGGAUGAUGGCGGCAACGUCUACGACGACUUCGGCAAGUGGAUCGAGACCAAGGCUGAGGAGGAAGGUGGCGUGGCCAAGGUGAAGGAUGUCGACGUCUAUCUCAAGGCAAAGGACCUCGGCAUCGAAGCAAAGCACCGUACCUUGACUGUGCUGGCUCAGACGCUGUUUGAUGACAGCAUUGUCAAGCAGAUUCCAAGCCGUGCCAGCAUGCUAAAGAAGAUGAUCACUUCCGAGCGCCACGAGAAGGCUUUCCUAGGCGGUAUCGAGCGGUUCGUUGGCAACGACAAGCCAAAUCUCAUCCCAUCAGUCAGCGCUAUCUUGCUUAAGAUUUACGAGGACGACCUUGUCUCAGAGGAGGUCCUCAAGGCCUGGUGCACCAAGGCUAGCAAGAAGCACGUCGACAUUCAGACCUCCAAGAAAGUUCGCAAGAGUGCUGAGAAGUUUGCCGAGUGGCUCGAGAACGCUGAGUCUGACGAAUCGGACGAGGAUGACGAGUAAAAGCUCGUCUUCAAAUUGCUACUUACAAUGCUCUAGCUUGCUUGCUUGCUUGCAAUGGUUUUGUCGUGCGUUCAACCAGACUGUCAACUCCACUCCACUCCUUUAAACUCUUGGCUUUAUAAACGCUCAAAAUGGGUCUGCUUUAUCUGCUUUCGGGCGUACGUAGUUUAGCUCUGCUCUUCUGAUAUAGAUGGCUUUAACACAAGUGGAGUCUGCUUUGC